AAUUAGGUGAACUCAGUUGGUAUUUGGUGUGCCAAAAAUCAAGCCAUUCCAUCAGUCGAUGUCGCGCCUUUCUUCCAACUCCAGCUUUCAAAAAUUUUGGUCCGGCUUAUUUGUUUUCUCACAACCCACCUAUUACUAAAAUUCACUUAAACGAGUAAUAUGGGAAUUCUUGGUCUUUCGAAGUUAAUAGCGGACGUGUGUCCCCAAGCCAUAAAGGAGAGUGACAUCAAAAAUUAUUUCGGCCGGAAAGUAGCUAUCGAUGCUUCCAUGUGUUUGUACCAAUUUCUAAUAGCUGUGAGAGCGGAAGGAGCUCAACUUACAUCAGUUGAUGGCGAAACGACAUCCCAUUUGAUGGGAAUGUUUUACCGCACAAUUCGUCUAUUAGAGAAUGGAAUAAAGCCGGUUUAUGUUUUUGAUGGUAAACCCCCGGACCUAAAGUCCGGGGAGUUAGCAAAACGUGCGGAGCGUCGCGAGGAAGCACAAAAAGCGCUACAGGCAGCUACUGAAGCGGGCAAUGAAGCGGACAUGGACAAAUUCAAUAGACGCUUGGUGAGAGUAACAAAAGAACAUGCGAAGGAAGCAAAAGAACUGCUAAAACUAAUGGGCGUUCCAUAUGUCGAUGCUCCAUGCGAAGCCGAGGCACAAUGCGCAGCAUUGGUAAAAGCGGGCAAAGUAUAUGCCACUGCGACUGAAGAUAUGGAUGCCCUGACGUUUGGAUCUUCAGUUCUGUUACGGCAUUUAACUUUCAGUGAAGCUCGAAAGAUGCCUGUGAAAGAGUUUCAUCAUAGUAAGAUUUUGGAAGGCAUUGGUCUGACCAGCAAAGAGUUUAUUGACCUAUGUAUCCUACUUGGAUGUGAUUACUGUGAAGGCAUCAAAGGUGUUGGGCCAAAGAGAGCAAUGGAACUUAUCGAUAGCUAUCGAGACAUUGAGACAAUUUUGGAAAAUAUUGAUCGUCAAAAGUAUACAGUACCAGAUGAUUGGAACUACCAAAUAGCUAGAGAAUUAUUUGUCAAUCCUGAAGUAGAGGACCCUGAAAAUGUGGACCUUAAAUGGUCCGAACCAGAUGAAGAUGGUUUGGUUAAAUUCCUAUGUGGCGAUCGUCAAUUUAAUGAGGACCGCGUUAGAUCGGGAGCAAAAAAGAUUUUAAAAUCAAAGCAAUCACAAACUCAGGGACGCUUGGAUAGUUUCUUUAAAGUGUUGCCUUCUACAAACACAACACCAAAACGAAAGGCUGUCGAUGAUAAAAAGAAUGCCAGCCAAAAGAAGGCAAAAGGUGCAGCUGGUGGUGGCUCUAAUCGGGGAAGACGUCCACGAUAGGUAUGAAAUGAUGAUUCUACAAAAUAAAAAAAUUGUGUAUUACAUUUCGUUUUGUUGGAUAAAAUAAAAAAAAAAUCGUUUUAAUUUUAA